AUGACUCAAGCCUUCAAUCCAAACCUUUUCAUUCGAGUUUUUCUUUCGCUUUUCGCCAUCUUCAUGACAAUCCACGCAGCACCGGUCCCUGGAAACGGUGAUUACUCUAAUAAUAAUAUAGGACUUGGAAAUUAUGGAGAUAUGGGACAAGGUAACACUAUUGUCAACGGACCAAAUGCAAAAACGUAUGGCAGUGGAAUGAAUUUUGACGGCUCCUCGGGUAAAUACGGGGGUAUAUUUAAUCAGGGGUCCGGAACUGGAAGUCAUUCUAUUUUUAAUGUUAAUGGAAAAGGAGAUUUCUCGAACUUAAAUCAGGCAACUUCUCAAGCUUGA